AUGGCGAAGAACUCAAAAGAUCGCGCCCAGAAGCCUAAGGCCACUGCAACGGCGCUAGCAGCUGCGGGCAGCGAGAAUGAGGAAGAAGUACCAGUGCUGGAGCCGCCGUUGGUCCCCGGUUGUUGGAAGGACCACGGAUGUGCGGCCGGCUGUGGAAGAGCGAACAAGGCCACGGGUAGCGCGCGAGCGGCGUCCAUGACCUGGGAUGAAUCGCGUCGGCGAUAUGGCGGCCAAACCAUGGGAUCGAACUGGGAACAAUUACCACGACCCCCGAUCGAAGGCGCUUAUGUCAACGAAGGCUACCCUACGCCCGAAAAGUCCGAAGCCGAGGAGCGAGAGGAUGAAAAGGCGGAAGCCCGAGCCAAGCUACAAGAAAAGGAAUACCAGGAAGAACAGCGUAAGCAAGCUGAGCGGCGGCGGAACAACAAGGCCAACCGUCCCCCAAAGGAAAAGCGUGUCGACCACGCCAAAGUGGCGCGCGUGGCCUAUGACCGCCGGAUGCUGGAUACAACCAUUCCAAGCAGCUCGGGAUGGGGACCUUAUUCGAGCGGACCACCGACACCAAGCAGCGGAGGCUGGGGGACAGGCAUCAAUCCCAGUGGACUUUCAUUGGUGGUGACAGAUGUCCAACACCCUCGGAUCACCUGUAUGGACAGAACUUUCCUGGCGAAUGCGCAACGCAUGGGUGGCGAGUGGCGACGGAGUGCUGUGCGAUGGAUCCCUUCCACUGACCGCAGCCUCCUGAAGGCAACAUGCACUUAUGUGUGGCGAGUGCCUGUGGAACAACUCAGUGAGGACGACUAUCGCGACCACAUCAUGGAAAUCGUCGGGCAACCAGCGACCAAGGGGUCACCCACCAAACAUGACCAGCGCCUGGUGUCAUUUAUGGAGCGGGUGGAUGAUGUGAUCGAUGAGAACGGUUUACGUCAACUACUCAAGGACUCGACCAUGCUGAGAACGUUCGUGAAGGUGGUAGCAGCGCGUGUCACACCCAGCUACUUGCGCGACAGAGUGGAAGAAAAAAUUGAAGACCGUGCCGGCGAAUGA